UGACUUGCCUACUAGGCACGCACUUCCUUUUCUGUUGACUCGUGGAUUGGGCUGCAUGUGAAUUUCGCAGCAUCUCCUUGCCAAACGAAGGAAAAACUUCGCUCUGGGCUUCCUCGUCUCCAGGAAUUCCGGGGUCCCAGGGUCUGCGGGUUCUGAGCGGUUCACCUCGUCGCCGUCUCCUCGUCCCCCCUUUUCGCUGUGUUCUGUUUGGCGUCCAUGCAUUCUGAAAGAACUUCGAGCCCCCCCCUGAAGUUGUGCGCGGAACCGUUUUUUGCAUUCUUCGUUUUUCGGGUUGCCCAGUCCGCAGUUAUUCCCUGGAGAACUAGGACGAUGUGUGACGAGGCGAAACCCGCAAGGUUUCAUGCGCGUUUGGUCAUUUGAAGCGGCCACCUCCCGCUUGCUUUUUGACCCCCGGUCUGCAUGUGUGUCUCAUUUCCUAAAUCAUAUAUUUAUAUCAGGGAUUUUUAGUGUUGUUACCAAUGGACUGUCUCCUUCCCAGGACGCCGGUGAGGCGCGGUCGCGAUCUCUUCGGAGUCGAACCCCGCUCGCGCGCUUGUAUUUGGCUUCGCCUUUGUUGCAUUGUGGUCAUCUGUUUCGCUUGUAACAGUGGACAAGCGAGUGCUACAGUUGACGACAAGAACCCAGGAGGGACGUUCGACGUGGCUGAGAGACGGGAUGGAAACGAUGGAAAGCCGCUGGAAAUAGGGGGCCCGUUGAGCAGGACGGAGCUGGGAGACGGAUAUCGUCUUGAGGCACAGAGCGAGGGAGGAACGAAAAGCGGUGGUCAGGGAAACGAAGUCAGCGGUUCAAACGAUCGACAGGACCGACAGGGUACGGCGGGCACGACCCCCUCUUCCGAUGGUCAACAAGGACCGUCACCAAUGGAUUCCGACAGUGCGAAAAAGCUGGACGAGGAGGAACUGGACGCAUUCGAAGCCGAAAUGUUGGAAAGGAUGUACACAGCGGAACUGAAGGCCUUGGGCAGGCGAACGUGGAUCGAUAAUUUUUUUGUAGACCGCGGCGGUCCUCGCAUGGAGUACCCGAUGCAUGUCCGGCCGUCACUCUCAGGUUUCCUCAUGACGUCACCACUCGUGGUUUCAGUGAUCUCUUUGGUGUCGACCUUGAGAAUGACUAGAAAUCUCUGGGGACUCAUGUUCGCUCUUCUCUGGCUCGCGGCCAGCUACGGACUCUCGAGCAAGUAUGCCUUGCACAGAGGGAAGGGCUUGGAUAAAUUAGGCGUACAACUUCAGCACAGAGAAUGGGAGCAGCUGACUCCCAAGGAGAAGCGACAACUCCAGAUGGAAUUUUUCCGGAAUGUCCUCAGCACUAACAGGCCGCGACUCCAGGGAUCCUCUUACAUCGCAGGUCUAGCACUGCUAUUUUUGGCGGCCUUCGCCCCCACGACUCGGAGAAUGCGCAUCCCCAACAACACAGGUUUCAAUACUGUUGCCUUCCUAGAGGAGCGUACGUUGACGAUUCUUGCGAUAAUCCUGAUGGUCGUGGGAGCGGUCAGGUACAUGAGGAGCGUUUCAGCGAGACGCAGAUACGACUACGAAACCCGAAAAAUGUUUCGGGCUCGUUCCGACAAGGUGAAAGCGAAGAAAAGGCCCUCUGUCACAGAAGCCGACGCGGACGGGGCGAGUGCGACGGAAGCGAACCAGGACGGGGAACGGGAAGUGCUUGAAUACAGAGGGGCGCUCUAGAAGAGUAGGCCUGUGACUCGACCAAAAGGAGGUAGAAUUAUAAUAUAUACACUUCUGGAUGUCCAAAAAAACAGAAUACUUUACGCUGGAUAACGUUUUAGUGCUAACUUACUACAGACCAUGGGAGCCAGGUGCCCUCAAGCAAACCAGAAGAUAACACCAAUGUCACCCAGAAACGCAUCCACCUGUUUGUGUUGGCUUCCCUACACCAGCGGCGGGCAAUCUCUAAACUGUUACUGUUCCGCGUAUCGAUCUAGGGGGAACUGCUUGCGUGUCUGUUGUCGGUCUGCAUGUCGUCUCGGAAGAGAGAGAAGCCCGUGUGCGCUCCCAUAGAGGGGUGUCGCUUUUUCAAAAGUGUCAUUUCGUGGAAUGUGGCUGUUUUCACAAUCGUGGCUUUCAUGUUUCGCUUCUACGGAUUUCUUUUUGACUUUCGGCGAGUCGUUCUCACGAGCUUUGUCAACGCAGGCCUCUCACGAGUUAGUCUUUUUCCCCCUUCUGUAUCAUGCGCCACAGUCCCCCCCAGAGACGUUAUGACCAUUUUUCGAUAAAGCGCCUUUCAACGCGUGUCAUGCUCGGAGUCUGGAGCUGCACAAGGCGCAGCGUAGUGCCGAGAGUUUGAAGUUACAGUGAAUGAUGUUUAUGCGAUGUGUCGAGGUUGAAGUGCUCGUUUUUCUUUGUUGUACCGCCCACAAUCUCAUUUUGUGUCUCUCCCUCGCGAACUCUACCCUGACUAUUCAAAGAAAUUGGCAGGUCCGACAUGCCCCGCAAUUACCAUAACAGCC